GGAGUGUGGUCUGGAUCUGAGCCAAUAUGCCAAGCUAUUGACUGUGGUAUUCUGGAGGACCCAGUCAACGGGGCAGUAGCAACGUCACAGGGCACAGUCUUCAUGUCUGAUGCCACCUACACCUGCAACGAGGGCUACCGUCUGGUGGGCUCAUCAACCAGAUCCUGUGAGGAAACUGAAGUCUGGUCUGGAGCAGCACCAGUUUGUGAGAUUGUGACAUGUGAGACUCUACCAGACAUUGGCAAUGGAGGAGUGUCUCUAUCAGGGACCCAGUUUGGCUCGGUGGCCACCUACAGCUGUGUCCAGGGCUACAGAGUG